AUGGCGGUCGCCCUGACGUACCGCUGCAGCUAUGUAUCCUGGUGUGACGUCACGCGCUGGUUACAGAACAUGCUGGUAUGGCUCCGACUCACGUCCACCGUCAGUUCUGUUCGGGACCAGGCUUACCGCCUCAACAGGACGUCAGCAGAGGUAGCAAGGAAAGCAGCUGAUGAUGUCACCAAACAGUCUGGUUGUAAACGCUAUGUGGCCGGAGCACUGGGUCCCACCAACAAAACCCUGUCUGUGUCACCCUCUGUGGAGAAACCGGAUUUCAGGAACAUAACGUUUGAUGAGUUGGUAGAAGCUUACUCUGAGCAGGCCCGAGGUCUGUUGGAUGGAGGGGCAGACAUCCUUCUGGUUGAAACGAUCUUUGACACAGCCAACGCCAAGGCUGCCCUGUUUGCCAUCGACCUGCUUUUUGAGAAGAGCUACGAGAGGAAGCCGAUAAUUAUCUCAGGGACAAUUAUUGACCGGAGUGGACGAACCCUUUCGGGUCAAACGGGCGAAGCUUUUGUAGUGAGUGUAUCUCAUGCCAAGCCGCUAUGUAUUGGCCUGAACUGUGCCUUGGGGGCCACAGAGAUGAGACCAUUCAUUGAAGUCAUUGGCAAAAGCACCACAGCUUUUGUAAUUUGUUAUCCCAAUGCAGGUCUUCCCAACACAUUUGGAGGGUAUGAUGAAACUCCUCAAGUGACAGCAUCCAGUUUAAAGGAGUUUGUUAUGGAUGGACUAGUAAACAUUGUGGGAGGAUGUUGUGGUACCACUCCAUCACACAUCAGAGCCAUAUCUGAAGCAGUCAAACACUGCCAGCCAAGAGUUCCCCCUGCUGCUAUUUAUCAAGAUCACUUGCUGCUCUCAGGUUUGGAGCCAUUCAGAAUUGGCCCGUUCACUAACUUUGUAAACAUCGGCGAGCGCUGCAAUGUGGCCGGGUCCCGCAGGUUUGCCAAACUGAUCACGGCUGGGCAAUAUGAGGAGGCUCUGAGCAUCGCCAAGACCCAGGUGGAGAUGGGAGCUCAGAUCUUGGACAUCAACAUGGAUGAGGGCAUGCUGGAUGGACCAACAGCUAUGGCCAGAUUUUGUAACUUCAUUGCCUCUGAGCCAGAUAUUGCACGGGUUCCUCUGUGUAUCGACUCCUCCAACUUCUCUGUGAUUGAGGCGGGGCUGAAAUGUUGUCAGGGUAAGUGCAUCGUUAACAGCAUCAGCCUGAAGGAAGGAGAGCAGGAGUUUCUGCUCAGAGCAGCCACAGUGAAGCGCUACGGGGCUGCUGUGGUGGUCAUGGCCUUUGAUGAGGAGGGACAGGCCACAGAGACAGACCGCAAGGUGGAAAUCUGCUCUCGAGCCUACGAACUGCUGGUUAACAAGGUGGGCUUUGAUCCCAAUGACAUCAUUUUUGAUCCGAACAUCCUGACUAUCGGUACAGGCAUGGAGGAGCACAACUGCUAUGCUGUGAACUUCAUCAGGGCUACCAGGCUUAUCAAGGAAACUUUACCUGGAGCCAGGGUGAGUGGAGGUCUGUCCAACUUGUCUUUCUCCUUCAGAGGUAUGGAAACCAUCAGAGAAGCUAUGCAUGGAGCAUUUCUGUAUCACGCCAUCAAGGAUGGUAUGGAUAUGGGGAUUGUAAAUGCCGGGAACCUGCCAGUGUAUGAUGACAUCGAUAAGGAGCUGUUGUUACUCUGUGAGAACCUCAUCUGGAACAGAGACUCGGAUGCUACAGAGAAACUACUGGCCUAUGCACAGAACAACGUGAAAGGAGGGAAGAAAGUGAUUCAGACAGAUGAGUGGAGGACAAAAGAUGUAGAGGAACGGUUGGAGUAUGCCCUCAUCAAGGGCAUAGAUAAAUAUGUGGUGGAGGAUGUUGAAGAGUGCCAGACCCAGUUGGACCGCUACAAGCGACCCAUUCACAUUAUUGAGGGCCCCCUGAUGAAUGGUAUGAAGGUGGUGGGGGAUUUAUUUGGAGCUGGGAAGAUGUUCCUGCCGCAGGUGAUCAAGUCAGCCCGGGUCAUGAAGAAGGCCGUUGGUUAUUUGAUUCCUUUCAUGGAGAAGGAGAGGGAAGAAAUGAUGGCAUCAUCAGGGUCGGCUGAAGAGAUGGAUCCUUAUCAGGGCACCAUUGUCCUGGCUACUGUCAAAGGAGAUGUUCAUGAUAUUGGCAAGAACAUAGUCGGUGUGGUGCUGGGCUGUAACAAUUUCAGGGUGAUUGACUUGGGUGUGAUGGUUCCUUGUGAUCAGAUCCUCAGACAGGCUGUAACACACAAAGCUGAUAUCAUUGGCUUGUCUGGCCUCAUCACUCCAUCUCUGGAUGAAAUGAUUCAUGUGGCUAAAGAAAUGGAGAGACUCGGAAUGACAACACCAGUGCUAAUUGGAGGAGCCACCACUUCAAAGACACAUACUGCAGUGAAGAUCGCACCCCGCUACAGUUUCCCUGUGAUCCAUGUCCUUGAUGCAUCCAGGAGUGUGGUGGUGUGCUCACAGCUGCUGGAUGAGGCAACAAGGGAGGAGUAUAUUGAUGACGUGAAGGAGGAGUAUGAAGAGGUCAGACAGGACCACUAUGACUCCCUGAAGGAUCGCCAGUAUCUGCCUCUACCGGAAGCCAGGAGGAGGUCUUUACACAUUGACUGGCUUUCUUUGCCUAAACCAGUGCGUCCUCAGUUUCUGGGCACCCGUAUCUUUGACUGCUACGAUCUGAACAGUCUGGUAGACUUCAUUGAUUGGAAGCCUUUCUUUGAUGUGUGGCAGCUGAGGGGCAAAUACCCCAACAGAGGAUACCCCAAGAUCUUCAAUGACAAGACUGUUGGUGUGGAGGCUCGCAAAGUCUUUGAUGACGCCCAGUUAAUGCUUAGUCGUGUUAUUGACCGAAGCAGUCUGAAGGGGCGGGGCUUGGUGGGUUUCUGGCGUGCUCAGAGUGAUGGUGAUGACAUCAACGUGUACAAAGAUGAUGUUCCUGUUGGCAAAGACACAAAGCCUAUGACAACGUUUCAUGGCUUACGGCAGCAGGCAGAGAAGGAUGGCUCUAGUUUAGAGCCCUACCUGUGUAUUUCUGAUUUUGUGGCUCCUCUUGACAGUGGAGUGGCAGACUAUAUUGGAAUGUUUGCUGUUAGUGUGUUUGGAGCUGAGGAGCUGUGUCAGCAGUUCCAGGCUCAAGGGGACGACUACAGCAGCAUCAUGGUGAAAGCUCUGGCUGACCGGCUGGCUGAGGCAUUUGCUGAGGAGCUACACACUCGUGUGCGUAAGGAGCUGUGGGGUUACAAUACUGAUGAGGUUUUGCAGGCCUCAGAUCUUCACAGGGUUCGAUACCAAGGUAUUAGACCUGCUCCUGGCUACCCCAGCCAGCCUGACCACACAGAAAAGAUUACCAUGUGGAACCUGGCCGAUGUUCUUGAGAAGACAGGUAUUGGUCUGACAGAGUCUCUGGCCAUGACACCUGCUGCCUCGAUUUCUGGACUUUACUUCUCUCACCCCCAGGCCUCAUACUUCUCCGUGGGAAAGAUCACCAAGGAGCAGGUGGAGGACUACGCCAGGAGGAAACAGAUGAGUGUGGAGGAGGUGGAGAGGUGGCUGGCUUCCAUCCUCAGCUAUGACACUGAGGCAUGUGCGUGAUAGACAUCACGACAUUUUAGAACAAAUGUGAGAAGGUUUUUAGGUCCUCACAGCUGACAGGUUCUGAUAAACCCGUCCCAGCUGAAUGCCAAGCACUCACAUGGUGUGGAAGGAUGACACUACUAAAGUAAUGUUCUGACCAGUGUUACAAUCAGGAGUACAGUUUAAUCAGUGUUUUUAAAUGCCAGUUG